AUGUACUUCAACCUCUCCUACAUACUCCUUGGACUGGCAUCUGUUUAUGCCGUCCCAGUGAUGAAAGUGCCGAACUCCAAUGUUAUACCUGUGGCAUCCAAAAUCAAAUCCCGACACAAUGGAGAGUCCUCAAGUUCCUCUGCGUUGCUACCAUUAAUAGAAUAUAGUUUUGCCACAGGAGGGCCAGCCAGUAGCGUCAUCAGCCAAAAGGGAAAUAAGUUUGCCGCAAAAGCUGUUGAUGUAGCCCUUUAUAGGACUUUUGGGAUUUUAGGCAAUCCAACCAACAGCUUCACCGGUACUGAAAAUCGUGGAAAGACAUCCGACAAGAACCGUCUUGAGUUCACGGUACCUGCUGCUCCAGCUCUUGUGGAUUCUACCACUGAAAAGAAGUGGGAGAAAUGGGGUUGGACUCCACAAUGUCCCUGUACAGGACAUGUGUGGUACAAUGGGGAGAAUGUCGUUCAAGUCGAUUGGACAGAUCAGGAACGGACUGGAAAAGUUCCGGUCAACUUUUUCUCUCAAUCCCUCACUAAAAGUGUUGACGCGAUGCGUGAAAAGUAUUGA